UAGCGGCAUCUCAACCAACGAAACAAAACUGCUGCAAGUUCAAACUAGAGCAAGCGCAUAGAGAGACGGCUGUGAAUAGUGAGAGAAGGCUGUCAAGACAUUGUCAAUAUGGACGACAUGGAGGACACCACAAUCUUCUCAACGCUAAAAUCUUUCAAGAGUUUGAUAUCGGGUCCAGAUCACUCUUUGCUGGAGACUGAGCCAGCCUAUGGAAGAAGUGACCUUCAGAAGCUCUAUACUAAAAGAGUGGAGUUAGAGGAGGCUGCAGAGCGUGUCCGUUCUCACACUAGCCUGUUGCAGCUCACUCAAGAAAAACAACAGAUGGAGCUUAGUCACAAACGGGCACGUAUAGAGCUGGAGAAAGAGGCGCACAGCAGCUCCAGAGACUUACAGAGGGAAAUUGACCGUAACAGGGAGUUACUGUUGAAGAUCAGACGUCUGGAAGAAAGAGAAGAGAAAGCAAAUCAAGCUCUUAAUGAACAAAUGGAAAACAACAAGGCUUUAAAGCGUAACCUUGAGGAACUCCACAAGAAAGCAAAUGUAAAAGACAGCAAACUUACUGAAGCAGACCAGAUGAUCAGUGAGUUGAAAGAUGAGACACGAAGGCUCAAUCAAAAGAUCCAGAUUCAGGAGUCCAAAUUCUCAACCCAGAACCUGGAGAUUCAGGCCUUGCAGGAACAACUGGAUGUACAGCGCAAGAAGUACCAGGAUGUCAGUCAGAGGUACCAGAAUCUGCAGUCAUCUCAUUCCAUCAGCACAGAGAGUGAACUCAAGAUGAAGGAGUUGGAGAGGCGUUUGGCUCUUCAGGAGCAAGACUCUGUGAUUGUGAAGAACAUGAAAUCUGAAAUGGUCAGGCUGCCUGAACUGGAGCGGGAAAUUAAACGUCUGCGGGAGGAAAACUGUUUCUUACGAGAGACAAAAGAGAACAACAGUCUGCUGAAAGAAGAGACUGAGGGGUUGAGGAAGAAGUUGGAGAGAGUGGAGAGAGUGAUGGAGGAGAAACUCAAAGCGGAGUUGGAGAAAGAGAAACUGGAGCAAGAGCUGCAGGCUUGGGAAAACAUUGGCCAGGCUGCAGGACUUAAUAUUAGGAAACCUGAGGAUUUGUCCAGGGAGGUGAUACAAAUUCAGCAGCGAGAACUGAACCUGAAACAGCAGAACUACACACUCAAUAGCAGAUGGACAGAGUCUCUAUUGAACUUCACUUCUUGGAAAACUGGAGUUCUGGAAUUGAAACUUGUGCUUUUGUAUGUGGGUCAGGAGCGUGAUGGAAUGAGGGCCAUAUUAGAGUCGUACGACAGCGAGUUGGCCACAAGUGAAUACUCCCCUCAACUCAUGUUCCGGGUCAAGGAGGCAGAGGACAUGCUGCAGAAAGUCCAGGCACACAAUACUGAGAUGGAGACUCAACUGUCUAAAGCCCAGGAGGAGGCAGGCUCCUUCAAAUUACAAGUUCAGAUGAUGACUGCUGAACUUGAGGCUCUGAAAGAGCAGCAUGUGUCUAAUGCUGAGAAAAACACCUUAGCAACAGCAGAGGAAGUCAGCUCUCUCAGGCAGAAGAUUGAGGAAUUGGAGGCAGAACGUCAGCGGCUGGAAGAGCAAAACAACAUUCUGGAGAUGAGACUAGAGAGGCAUAACCUCCAGGGAGACUAUGACCCUGUAAAGACAAAGGUGAUCCACCUGCAAAUGAACCCCACCAGCAUCGCAAAGCAGCAGCACGCUGAAGAGGUGGAACAGCUGAGGUUGGAGUGUCAACUCUUGAGGGACCGAAUCCGGAAAAUUGAGGCAGGUGGUGGGGUGACAAAAGACGACACUACCCUCAUCAUCCCACCUUCACAAGAAAUACUGGACUUGCGUAAGCAGAUGGAGAGUGCAGAACUGAAGAACCAGCGCUUGAAGGAAGUGUUCCAGAAGAAGAUUCAAGAGUUCCGUACUGCUUGUUACGUACUUACCGGGUACCAGAUCGACAUCACCGUGGAGAACCAGUACCGGCUCACUUCGGUGUACGCUGAGCAUAUGGAGGAUUCAUUAUUGUUUAAGUCUACUGGUCCAGUGGGCAGUGGCAGCAUGCAGCUGUUGGAGACAGAUUUUUCCCGCACUCUAACUGGACUGGUAGAUCUGCAUCUCUUCCAUCAGAAGAGCAUCCCAGUGUUCCUCAGCGCGGUCACCAUCGAGCUGUUCAGCCGCCAGACUGUCACCUGAUUUACCCAUCAUUACUGGACCACACGGUGCUCAGGGAACUCUCUCUCUCUCACACACACACACACGCACAGCAAGACACUGACAUCUACAGAACAUACAAUCUGAUCAUUUUUAAUUUGCCUCUUUUUUUUCAGAUCAAGCAUUGCAUAGUUGAAGGUCAUCAUAGCAUGACAAUCUAUAUGCCAACAUUUCAGUAGUAUAGUGAUUGUGUAUUUUUCUUUUAAUGCUAUAAACCCACACUGUGUUGUUUAAGAAACGGGUUAACGUGUACAAGAGAAACCUGAAGAUGUGCAGUUCUCUUUUUACAAGCAUCAUAUUUCAUGGCUGUUUAUUUGUCUGUAUUGAGGAAAAAAUA